GUGAGGGAGGCAGGCACCGUGUGUGGUUUAGCAUAGUAGUAGUAGUAAUGGGACCAGGCUAAACGCAGAACCGCUGCAGCACACCACAGCUGCUGCUAGCUUCAAUAAAACUGGAUUAUCUCUCAUUUGUGCAACUUUGUGUGGAAUACCUGUAAAAUAAAAUUGCACUCUGUAUUUGCAAGCAUGCAUUCUUAACUAAAAGAGCUACAGUACUUCAGAGCUUAAUGACUCGGGGCAGCUCCAGACACUGAAAACUGAUCGGAAUUAAAAGCUUCACCUGAUCUAUUAGAUGACCUGAGAAUAGGUUUAUGAGGUGUUUGGCAUCUAGUACUUAAUAGUCUGGGCAACUCUGCUUUAGUCUCAUUUGUCGUAUGGUUGCACACUGAGUCCCUGCUGGUCUGUAAAUGUUUUCAUGUCUGAAUCACAGAAUCUGGCAUCUGAAUAGAGUAAAUGAAUGAGUAAAGCUGAAGACGUUUGUUAGAUGAUCCCAUUGCAAAGCUUCAAGAAAACUGCUAGCUCUUUCUGGAUAAUCAUGAAAGACUGAUGCUUUUCUUUGUCCUGCUUCAAUGGAUGAGGGUUCUGUAAGUGGAGUGUUUGAGUAUUGACUCCGAGGGAGGAUCUUGCCAUGGCUGUUACGAAGGGGAGACUCCUGGGUGCACUGCUGGUGUAUCGGUUAAUGCUGGUGGUGCUGCAAGGCUGCAUGGCCAGAGUUCCUCCAUUAACUGGGGAUGACACACGAUGCCAGAAGCUGGAACACCCUGUGGUAGCCUACAAAGAAAUUGCACCCUGGUUAAAUGUCUUUAGCUACAGUAAUGCACUGGAUUAUGCACGGUUAACAUUCGACCCAGGCCAAAAAGAGCUCCUAGUCGGAGCAAGGAACUACCUCUUCAGAUUACAAUUGGAGGACCUCUCUUUAAUCCAGGUGGUUGAAUGGCAGUGUGAAGAAACAACUAAAAGAGCCUGCUUCAGUAAAGGCAAGUCAGAGGAGGAAUGUCAGAACUACAUUCGUGUUCUCCUUGUGAGUGGAGAUAGGCUGUUCACCUGUGGAACCAAUGCAUUCACUCCCAUCUGUACCAAUCGUACGAUGAGCAACCUCACGGAAAUCCAUGAUGUGAUUAGUGGAAUGGCUCGCUGUCCUUUUAGUCCCCAUCACAACUCAACUGCGCUCCUCACCUCCAGUGGAGAAUUGUAUGCGGCUACUGCUAUGGAUUUUCCAGGAAGAGACCCUGCCAUCUAUCGGAGCCUGGGAAAUCUUCCUCCUCUCCGCACUGCACAGUAUAACUCCAAAUGGCUUAACGAGCCAAACUUUGUCUCAUCCUAUGACAUUGGAAACUUCACUUACUUCUUUUUCCGGGAGAACGCAGUGGAACAUGACUGUGGAAAAACUGUCUUUUCCCGAGUGGGUCGUGUAUGUAAGAAUGAUAUUGGAGGGAAGUUUCUUUUGGAAGACACCUGGACAACUUUCAUGAAAGCUCGCCUGAACUGCUCACGACCAGGCGAGAUUCCAUUCUUUUACAAUGAACUGCAGAGUACAUUCUUCCUGCCAGAACUGGAUCUCAUCUAUGGAAUCUUUACCACAAAUGUGAACAGCAUUGCAGCUUCUGCUGUUUGUGUUUUCAACCUGAGUGCCAUUGCGCAGGUAUUCAAUGGGCCAUUCAAAUACCAAGAGAACUCCCGCUCAGCUUGGCUUCCUUAUCCAAACAACAUUCCUAAUUUCCAGUGUGGUGUUGCUGAAGGUGGAUUGUAUGAAAACCUGACAGAACGGAGCCUGCAGGAUGCCCAGAAGUUUAUACUGAUGCACGAGGUGGUCCAGCCAGUUGUUCCGUUGCCGUACUUCAUGGAAGACAAUAGCCGUUUCUCCCAUGUAGUCGUGGAUGUUGUACAGGGCAAAGACAUGCUUUUCCACAUCAUCUAUCUGUCCACAGACUAUGGAACCAUAAAGAAGAUCCUUUCUCCAUUGAACCAGACAUCAAGUGGCUGUUUACUUGAAGAAAUUGAACUGUUCCCAACAAGACGGCAGGAGCCAAUCAGGAGCUUGCAGAUUCUGCACAGCCAGAGUGUACUGUUUGUGGGCCUAAGAGAACAAGUGAUCCGAAUCCCUCUAAAGCGAUGCAUGUUUUAUAAAAGUUACAGGGCCUGUGUUGGAUCUCGGGACCCUUACUGUGGCUGGGACUUGGUGCUGAAGAAAUGUACAACACUGGAGGAGAGUUUAAGCAUGAGCCAGUGGGAGCAAAGCAUUUCUGUGUGUCCUGCAAAGAACAUGACUGUUGAUGGAGGCUUUGGGAACUGGUCAUUGUGGCAGCCCUGUAGCCACACAGAUGGUGCUUCAGUUGGUACUUGCUUGUGCAGAACACGCUCAUGUGAUAGUCCAACUCCACAGUGCGGAGGUCAGCAGUGUAUUGGACCUUAUAUGGAGGUUGCUAAUUGCUCCAGAAAUGGUGGAUGGACACCUUGGACAUCCUGGUCACCCUGCAGUACAAGUUGUGGGAUUGGCUUUCAGGUUCGCCAGAGAUCUUGUAGCAACCCAACACCUCGCCAUGGAGGUCGUGUUUGUGUUGGACAAAUCAGAGAAGAGAGAUACUGUAAUGAGCAUCUGCCGUGCCCUCCACACACAUUCUGGUCCAGCUGGGGAUUAUGGGAACGUUGCACAACUCAGUGUGGAGGUGGAGUCCAGGCUCGACGCAGAAUUUGUGAGAAUGGAAAAGAGUGUCCUGGCUGCAGUGUGGAAUACCAACCUUGCAGUACAAACUCUUGCCCAGAACUGAAAAAAACUACCCCUUGGACUCCAUGGACUCCAGUCAACAUCUCUGAUAAUGGUGGCCAUUAUGAGCAACGUUUCAGAUACACCUGCAAGGCUCGCCUGCCUGACCCUAAUUUGUUGGAGGUCGGAAGGCAAAGAAUAGAGAUGCGCUACUGCACCAGUGAUGGAGGCAGUGGUUGUUCUACCAAUGGUUUGUCGGGAGAUUUCUUGCGUUCAGGUCGUUUUUCUGCUCGUACCAUCAAUGGAGCUUGGUCUGCCUGGACACCAUGGACCCAGUGUAGCCGAGACUGUGAUAGAGGCUUCAGAAGUCGAAAAAGAACUUGCAACAAUCCGGAGCCAAAGUACGGUGGACUUCCCUGUCUGGGCCCACCAGUGGAAUACCAGGAAUGCAACAUUGUGCCCUGUCCAGUUGAUGGCGGCUGGUCCUGUUGGUCUCCCUGGUCUAAGUGCUCUGUAACAUGUGGCGGUGGACAUUACAUGAGGACACGGUCCUGCAUUAAUCCAGCGCCUGCUUAUGGAGGGGAUAUUUGCUUAGGGCUACACACAGAAGAGGCUCUCUGUAACACUCAGUCAUGUCCUGAAAGCUGGUCGGACUGGUCAGAAUGGUCUGAAUGUGAUGCAACAGGACUACAAUUUCGCGUUCGCCACUGUAAUGUCCUCUUUCCCGUGGGGAAUCAGUGCUCAGGGAACAGAACGGAAAGCAGAAUAUGUCUCACUGAAUCUAACUUCAUUCCUGAAGUAUCAGUGGCACGUUCCAGCAGCAUGGAGGAGAAAAGAUGUGGUGAAUUUAACCUGUUCCACAUGAUUGCAGUGGGUCUCAGUAGCUCUAUUUUGGGGUGUCUCCUUACUUUGUUGGUCUACACAUACUGUCAGCGGUACCAACAGCAAUCCCAUGAUGCCACAGUUAUUCACCCUAUCUCACCAGCACCUCUCAAUACCAGCAUCACAAAUCACAUCAACAAGCUGGACAAGUAUGAUUCAGUUGAAGCAAUCAAAGCAUUUAACAAAAAUAACCUGAUCCUUGAAGAGCGCAACAAGUAUUUCAACCCCCAGCUUAGUGGAAAGACCUAUUCCAACAGUUACUUCACGGAAUUUAAUGGCUAUGAUGAGUAUUGAUUACCGUUCGCCAACAUUACCUGGCGCACACUGAUUAGCCGUACUCACCAUGGCUUUCCAGACAUGAUUAUGUGCCAGGUUAAAGCUUGCAGCACAGAUAUUCCAAAUGGCCACUCUCUUCAUGCACCAGAUCAGAAGAAUGCAAGCAAGAAGUUGGAAUUCUGGAGUAAAAUGAAUUCAGUAAAUAGUAGAGCAAGAAGCAAACCUGCCCCUGGAUGCAGAUGAACAGGCACAUUGAAAUGCUGUACCUUCUGCAUUUGUGAAUUCUGGUUUUACUAACUGUUUGAGUCCAGCAGAAGAAGCUUUUUGUGAAAAAAACUAGAUGAGUGGUUUUACACUCUAGACUGUGUCAGGAGAAGUCAGUAGCUUCAUUCUUUUUUGGGGGGUUGCAAUUAAAUUGCUUUGCAUGAUGUUAGUGAAGUAGUGUUAUUGUACUGUACCAGCCUGCAUGAUGUCCAUAUUCCAAAGACACCUUGCUAUAGCUCUUUUUUUUUAGUUUUGUGGAACACUUAGUCUGCACUGCUGUAUAACUCAUAAAGUAUGCCAUUAGACAGACGGACAAAAAAUAAAGAAGAAAACAAAUAAUGCACACUCUAACAACUCUGUCCAGUGUCAGCGGUCAUGUGGAAUAUCCAGUCAGACAUGGCAGUGUCUGUUGCAUUUUGAGCUGUCACAUACCUGCAACAAAAUUAGUUAACAUUAUUAUUAUGCACUAGAGCAGAUGUUGUUACUAAAAGUAUUAACUUCCUGAAUUAUAUCUAAUGACAUGCUGAUUAACCCCCUAGCAAAAGCAUUAAUGGUAUGGUUGUUUAAAAAAUGGAUUUCCUGUGGAAGCCUGCUGCUGUAAACAGGAAAUUAGAGCUGAAUGUAAACUAACCUUUUGUUCGAUUACUUUUAGGUUUACCUUUCUCUUUGCCUUCCCUUGUUUUGCCAAUGAAUGAGCAGGUCUCUGCUCUUGAUUCCAAGCUGUCCAUGCAUAUUCAUGUCUUCAUCUUACCUCUUAGAGUUCUGUGUGAUUCAGUUGAACUAAUUAUUAUAGAAAGUGCACAUCUUGAGUCAGCACAUCGUACAACAAAUAUAAGCACACAUGCACAUACGCACAGACAAACACACAUGCACACAGGUGUACAUUGUCUAUGUAGUAUUAAAAUUCACAGCGAAACAUUUUUCUUUCACUCCAUAGGUUAUAAGAUGAUGCUGUAUAAGCCUUCAUCAACAAAGACAUAAUUCAUUACCUUAUUACAUGUUCAACUCACAGUUACCUAAACACAUGCUUUCUUGUCUUAUUUCAGAGUGCCAUAGGUACUGCUGUCACUGGUAUCCACAGGGCAGCACAAUUCUUUCCUCCGUUAUGGCACCACUUUUUUAUCACAUGUAGGUGAGCAGACUUUGAUCAUGGCAUCAUUUGAAACUCACUAGUCAGGAUCAUUAUGACAAAGCCUAUGAAAAGAGAGCAAGACAGUGCUGAGACUGCAAGCCAGAAGGUUUGUGCGCAAGUAUGUGGUAUAUGUCUAUGAUUACUAAAACAGAGCUACAUUACUUUUUAAUGCCUUUGUACCAUUUUCCUAAUAAAUCAAACCCUUGGCAUUCUGUCUGUAUGCCACUGUUUCUGGGACUGUAAAAUCUCUUUGAAUAGUGAUGUAGCUAUAAACUGAACAACAUUGUAGGAGAAGGAAACAGAUGUGGUAUCUAAGACAUAAACAGCUCAAUUAAUAGUAAAUCUGUUCUCAAACCUCUAAUAUUUGAAAUUUUCUUAAAUGUUUAAUGUUGGAGAGGUCUAAACUAUCUUUUUCCUCUAUUAAAAUAAUACUAUUAUGAAACAUAUAAUGGGAAAGUUGACAUUUAUCAUAUUUCGUUUUAAUUCUAUUUGCAUAGUAAUCUUUUAAUGCCACAUCAUUUACAUAUUUAUGAAAUUAACAUGUUUUUAAUUGCAAUGAGAAGAAAUGAAUUUUGUUUGUUUGUGUUCAUCAUUAAAGUCCAUAGUAAAUGCUUAUAGAGCAAGCCAGUCCUGUAGAGUUUUACAGAUUAAUGAGCUGCUCAUAGAUUGCUAAAGCUCCAACAUUAACUAUUCAUUUAUGCCAGUAAACAGAUAUUUUUAAUAAUUUAUUGGUGGUAAAUGUAAAAGACGUAAAACAUCUUUUUAUGCUGCUGUAUACUCAGAUGUGGGGUCUUGUGCUCCACCUCCCUAUAAUAAAUGUACUAAAUCCAAGGUUUAACUAUUCUGGAUUAUAGGGGAUGCUAUAUUUUUCUGAAAAAUGAUUCCCUUUAUGCUAGUCUAGUUUUAUGCAGUGCUGCUGAUAAUGGGCACAAUGGAGUGUAGCCCCCACCCUGUAAAAGCAUUUACACUACUAUAGUUUUAAGAUUCACAUUUUAUUUUUAUUUUGAAUCUGUUAUUCUGACUAUAUAUGACUUAUCUUUGCAGUAGUUGUUAAUGUCUUAGGAAUUCAUUAUAAUCCUACACCUGUGUUGUUAUAAUCCUACACUUGUAUUGUUAUAAUCUCAACGACUUCAGUCAUUAGCACAUUAAAUACCAGCAUGGCAUGCCUUAUGACUCUGGGAUUCUGAGCAUGGUGACCUGCCAUGCCAUUUUGAACCAAUGCUGCCUUCAAAUGUUGUCACUGAGCAGUCCAUUUUAAUUGUCUUCUGCUGAACUUUUGAAAAUACAUGUUUAUAUGAAGUAUCACAUUGUGCACCAUGCACCUGUGUUCAUAACAUGUUCCACCUCCCUGAAAUGUGUUAAAUGUACUUUCUGAAAGGAUUCCUUAUGUACAGUAUGAGAAAAAUGUUCAUUGUUGUUUUGAUAGCCAGAUUGCUUACUGUUUCUGAAGAUCCAAUGGUACCUCUGUGAAUAAAAAAUGUCUGUCAGUAUGAUGGUCAUCCAUGUUUCUAGAACACCAUUUGUUUGUGCAGACUUUCAUGAAUUGCAGUGUGGUGAAGCAAAACAUAGGGUGUAAUACAGACUGUUAAAGAGCAAUCCAUCUAGUCUUGUUGACUGCAAACCAUAAAACUUUGUCAUAUAAGUGACUUUUGUCACCAGAUAUAAACAAGCAAACUGUUCUGUGGCACUCUAGAAUGUCGUAUCACUGUAUUUGAUUGUGUCUUCUUUGCUGAAAGUGUUUUUCACUACCAAGUCCAAUUUGUAAUUUCAGAAAUACAUUUUGGGAUGAACUUUCACUUCCAAAUCCAGUUUAUAAGCUCAACAAUAUAUUUUAAAUUAAUUUUUAAAUCUCAUAAUGCCUCAGAGUGAUGACUAUCAGAUUAUUUUUGUAUUUAGCGUGGUUUCCUGUUUAGUAUGAAUUAAGAGGUAUGUCCACUCAGGUUCUGGUUAUGUUUUUUCUGUUUCUAAUUUCCAUUCUUUUACAGGUGAUCUCAUAGAAGUAUGUUAAUUCCUAAGUUCAUAGGUUUCUAGAUUCAUAUUAGGUUGCUAGGCUAAUGGCCCUAGGGCCUUUACAAGCCUAUCCGUGUAGUGACCCGAGUAUCCUUAUUGACCAUAGUUAGAGGAUCACUGUUAGCACAGUGAUUCUGUGAUCAGCACCGAAUGCCCCUGUCCAUGAGGGACAUAGGUGUCAUAGGUGUUUAGAAAAAGAAGGUUUGAUAUUUGAACUUGUUAAACCUAUGCUCUGGCCACCACUAGAAAUGUAACACCAUUUUUGUCCUUCAAUUAAGUAUGUGCAACUGGAUUAUAGAAUGCAGGAUAAUGGAUGUAGUGCAAAGCUAGUUCAAGUAAUGGGGAGAAAACACAUGCCAAAAAGUGAAUGUGUCCUUCAUGAUAACUUCUGCGUUUUUUCAGAAAAACUGCAUUAUUAAAUAUCUGAAUUAGGUCAAUGUGUGCCUUACAGUCUUUAUCUUAAAAUGCAUGCAUAUAAGGGAGUCGAACCAUAACCUGAAAAGAUGAAAUGAGGCAUGCUGCUUGUUAAAGUCAGGCAUUUCAGCAAUUUGUCUGAUGGUUCUACUACGAAACACCAACUUCCUAUAUACCAACAAGCCAAAAGGAAGAACAAAAUUGCAGAAAAAUCCAUUUUCAGAGGGUUUUUUUUGCAGGGGGGCAGGCCUCUAGCAACCCUCCCAAACUUCUAUAUAGCACCUCUAUGGUUGGAGCAAACCUAAACAAGUGAAUCAUUGCUAGCUCAAACUUAAAAACCACACCAACAGUGAUUUAUGAUGGGAAAUAGUGUUUGGUGUUAUGCUGUUUGUCGUUUUUUUCUUCAUGCUACUGACGCUCAAGCAAUUUCACCAUGAGCAUGUGCCAGUCAGCAGUUAGAUUAAAGCAACAAUUACAAUUAAAAAUGGAACAAUAGCAGACAACAGAUACAUCCUUACUGAUAUUAGCUUAUCAUAUGGAUGAAACAUUUUUAUUGUAUCUUUCUAGAGUUAUAAAAUUUGCAACAAACUAUAUUAGUUUAACAACUUUCAUUCAAAGUACUUAUUAAGAAAUAAAAUAAAAAUCUAGUGAAACUGUAGCUGACAGGAAAACAUUGCGAGGAAGUUGUAGCACCGUGCUGUAACAGAUUACAGUGACUUCAUGUAAACAAAGUAAAAACACAUUUUAAAAGAUUUUGCAGUUUGAUUUUCAUGCUUUGGAGCCCAUUUCCAAACUAGGAAUAGGUCCAUCUAUUAAAAUACUGUGCAUUAAAAUGGUGCUUUUGUCUGAAAUUAGAAAGGAGUAAAGGCAAAAGCUUCAUGUAUUUUUGUGCAGAAAACACAUUUGCCAUUUUUACAUGUAGCUGUGAUCACACAGGUGAUUAUGUUAAUUAACGGGUGUGGAGAUAAAAGGAACUAGCCCUUUGGAUAAAAUUCAUCCACAAAUGUGCAUGCAGAAUGUGCUGAUUGCACUUUUGUAUAUCUGAGUUAGGGUGCUCAAUAUUUUUGGGUGACCAUUCUCAAAGGUACGGAGCAGCAGUGUGCAUGCAGCUCUGCUUUCAUGUGGGUUGUGUGAGAUUUGAAGGUACUGUCUGUUGUGCUUGCUCAAGUAACACAACAUUGGAGUAGCUUCCUGCAUGUCAUAAGGGCAUGACUUGAAUUCUUCAAUAUCACCCAUUAGUAAAGGUGAACCCUAACCCGAGUUUGUACAGUAACUGAAUAACACUGGCUGCAUGGUGCAUUCAACAGCUUGAUACAAAUGCAGUGCAGUUUAGUGCGGAGGAAGAGAUGAGUGCUUGCCCAUCUUGUGGAGCACCUGCAUUCUGUCCUAAAUUAGAAAGAGACCAUUAAUGAAAAACAACAUUGUAUCAUUAGUCCAGAUAAACACAGUGAGCAAAUAACAGAAGGAGAUAUUCUAGAAGAGUGUGCACAGGUCUUUUUUUGUUACCUUUAUGUAUUUGCUGUAGGGAGGAGACAUUUUCAAUGCUACAUUCCUUUACUUUGUAUUUUUAUAUCUACAUGCUGAUGUACUGCCUGUAAAGAGUUUAGACUUAUUCUUGCUAAAGAUAUAACAACUAGGAGUUGUCCUGCUUGUAUUCAAAGUAACGGCCUUCUCAUCAAAGUUUUACACAUUUAUGAGCUGCUGGUUCAUCCAGUCUGAUGAAAUUGCAGAACAGACUGUGUUAGAAAGCUACCUUGUCAGGUGAUGUUCAAGUGGCCAGUAACACUCUCAGAAAUCUGUGCUUUUCAUCUGCAGAAAUGAAGAGUAGCUGGGGAGGAGAGUAUGGCUAGAAAAAGCAGUAGCAGCACACGUGUAUCUAAAAGAUAAAGAUAACUGCUGGGUUUAGUUUGUUUGUAGCUCUUUGCAUCCGAAGCUGCAUGGCAGUGUACGACAAGGACAAAACAGAUCUUGUUGCUGUUUCCGACAAAGAGAAUCGUGUAGUUUAGGUACAUUAUAAACUAGUUAAUGGACUGUAGAGAUACAUAUAAGCAGAUUAAUUAGUCCCAAAGCUUUCCUUGGUGGUGAUGAUUUGAAUUCCAGGCACAAGCGAAUUGUGACACAGGUCUAGUAGUGUAUAAGACUGUAGGUUGGCACAUACUCUUGAAGGGUAAUGUCUGCUGAAAUAUACAAGCAGAUUGCAGAAACUACUGCUAUGUCCAGCUCUGUAGUUGCUCCUUACUUCUGUGAAGCAGUGCAGCCUGCUUCACAUGGCUAUUGCAGUUACAUACAUGGACCCAUAGUUUUGUUAAUACUGUAAUGGUUUAUGGAAGCUAGAAGGCAGACCAUGUGGCAUCACAGAUAUGCUCAGUUUUCUUUUAGUUCAAGUUAACAAGUUACAUAUACAGCCUGUGUGUGUAGGCUCAAAAACAAAGCAAAACAGAUAGUUAAUUUUGAUUGCCUCUAAAAUGUACAUUACAUAACAUAUAUAAGUGCAUAUAAGGUGUAUAUACAUUGCAUUUCCAGUCAGUGAUUGACAGUAAUGUUAUGCAUGUAAUAUAAGCACCUUGGCAACAAGGAACCCCUUUUCAACCUUGAUUAGUCACACUGAUGUAUACUCAACAAACAAACAUACAAAUGAGCAGUGAAAAUAACAGUUGUAACAACUACAUAAGUAGAUCCAACACUGCACUUACCACUGCUGUAUUGUAAAUGCACACCCGGUGCAACAUAAACUGGCUGUAGUGUGUGGGACAGUAAACAUGUAUAUCAGCAGCCUUCUAUGACUAGUGCUGGCUGCAGUCACCAAGAACCAAGGGAUGUAUGUCUAAUGCCACUAGUCAUACUGUUGUCUUUUUGUAAAAGCUACCUAUGGAGAAAAGAGGAAAUGCCAUACACAGUGCGAAUCAGUGUUGGUGCACAAACAUAAACAUCUACAAAUGUUGGGGUACAACCUGAUGCCGUGGAUUAGCAAUCCACACAAAAUCUUCUAAAUUACUACUCUAACAGCUCCGGUGCUCAAAAAUUACACCAUAAGUACCAUCUCUAGACUUUUUAUAAUUUUCAACAAAAUGGAUUUUCAGUCAGAUGUGCUUUCAAUCAAUUUUUAUGACCAUAUGGCUUUUGGUUAAAUGUACCUUCGAUAAGACAUGCUACAACCAGUGCAGGUACACUGGCAGUGUGAUUUUUUGCUCAUUAUUUCAUCAUUACAGACCAGGAAGAAGGGAAAGUGCACAUUUUCUUCGUCCCAAAUUAUUGAAAUACCUGUCUCUGAUGAAAGCUAAAUCUUGCUGUCUGGCAAAAACUUUUAAAUCUUCUAAAAUGUAUUUUCAUUUUUCCUGCACUUCACUUCCUUUAGAAGAGGUGCUCACUUUGCCCAGGUUAUGAUACGUGAGUAAUAAGAACUUACUCCAAUACAAGAGAUGAACUUCAUUUAAAUAUUUCUUUAUCCCAAAAUAAGCAGGGAAUCAAAAUGAUUUCUAAAAUAUCAAGAUGUUGAAUGGAAAUAGCAUGAACCAUAUAAUUAGAAGGUAUCUAUUACAGCUUCUUCACAGCAGCUUGCACUAAAAUACUGGCAUUGUGUGGAUGUGCUGUGGACCAUUUCAAACUCAGUACCUCUCUGGAAAUAGUACUAGAACUAAAUUGAAGCAGCCUGACCUAUUAGCCAUUAAUGUGUGACUAGUGCAGAAGGUGUUGUAGCAAGGGGUGGCGUAGGUAAUAUAACAGAACCACUGCUCUUUGUUCUGAAUAUGGAAAGAUUGUUUUACAUUAUAGUGACCGACUUCACAGUAAGUGUAGAAAACAUUCUUAUUUCUUUGUCAUUUGGAGAUAAGAUACUUGCUUUCCUGAAGACUGGCCAUGCAGUAGUCACCAUUUGUAUGACUUUUUACUACAGAAAGUGUGGUAAGGAAGUUAUUUUGAUUUUUGAUGUCAAGUCAUAUGAUUGCAUGCAUACAGUACCUCUCAUCCUCUUAGCCCAAGAAAUCUGGACAAAGCCUACCAUAAUGGGGGUAUAAAUGCCCCAAACUAGGGACAGAUUUUAAGUGCUGCUGUUAUAAUCUUAGAAAGUUGCUAGAAUAGCAGGGUAUAUAUUAAAAUGGAUUUUUCUAAAGGAUAUGAAGUCUAAAACUCAAAUGUACAGCAUUAUUUACUAAUUUCAUUCAUCAGAUCAUCCCAGUGAUUUGCCAGAAAACAAAAAAAGUUAGGAGGAACAGACUGAAAGUUUGAGACAAAAAUCUGGGCAGUUGAGAGGUAUGAUUGCAUAGAUGACCAUGUUGUUAGCUUGUUUAAGGAAUGCAGCAGACACAACCAUUUAUCAGUACUGUAAAUCAUGCACGUUAGCAAUUAGUUUUACAGACCUAAGACCUUGUUAUAGGAGGACUUGUUAUAGUUUUACUGUGUUUCAAGAGAUUCUUUAAUUAAUAAACAAAGAGGCACUACCUGUCACAGAUCGUACUAUCCUGGAUUUAUUACAUAAUACCUAAUGAAAUAAGAAUCCUGGAUUUAGCUGGACAGCAAGGUAAAAAUGUACAAGAGAUAGGAAGGUAUCAUUAGGUCACACAGGCAUACCUGUCAACAUUUUGGUGUAAGAAAGCUGGACAAAGCCAAAGAUAAUGUAGGACAAAAGCCCCAAAAUAUGCACAACUUUUAAAUAUCGCUUUUAUAAACUUAGAAAGUUGAUGGAAUGACAGGUUUUAAAUUAGCAUGCAUUUUCUGAAGGGUAUGACGUCUAAAACUCAAAUGUCAUUCAUUAUUUAUUGAUUUCAGUCCUGAAUGACUUGAUAGAAAAACACACAUUUUAAGAACAGACCAAAAAUAUGAGGCAUAAAUCUGAACAGUUGAGAGCUAUGCACGUAGGUGCCCAAUUCCAUUUCUAGAGCAAUGUGCUCCAUCUUGAUUUUUUUUGUUGCAGCAGUAGUGUGGGUUACUUGGCAGUUUGCCUCCUUUCUUGGAUCUCUGAAGGCAUGCCCAGUUAGUAUGGACUCUAUCAGGUGACUGUAGUGCCUGGUCUACUAAGAAAGUUGUACUGGAGAAGCUGUUGGAAGAAAUUAUUCUAAUGAUUUCAUGUAAUAGUUUACAUGUAACUCUCUUUCUCUUUUAUGAAGUACAUUUAUACAUUUGAUAAAACAAGCCGCACAUAUAAUUUCCGCAGAGGUCAUUUGGCGAUGAAAGAGGGUAAAUAUUGUAGUUAUGAGAACUCUAAUGUUAUUACACCAAGCAAAUCACUAAUAGUCUGAUGUAGAUAAGAACAGAAACAAUGUAUAUGAAAUCUAGAAAGGGAAAUGAGGUAAUAGAUGAAUAGGGUACAAUGCCAUUUUGUUUUUUCGGUUCCUGCUGAUGUAGUUAACAAAAUGGUCUAUGUGUUUUGUACACCAGAACUAUCAUUAAUUACUAAACCCAGAAAGGAAUUUGGUUAUAGCUGUAUAAUACACAUUGUGAUUCAUGCGUAAUCUCAACAUGUUACACAAAUAUUACAAAUGAAAAUUGGAAUAUUCUCCAAUGUGUUAGGUCCUGCAAAAAGAUUCAAACAGUACACCAAAAAAAAAAAAAAAGGUGCAGGGUGAAUACAGAGAAAUUAAUAUGCUGUUUUGUUGUCUGUCACUGUGGUCUAGUUCAAGCUUUGUAAUUUUGUGCACCAAAGUUAUUCAUGAAGGGAUCUAUACAUUCUAACAAAUUGCUUUCCCUUAUAAAAGUCUAUAGAGUGUAGCUGGAAACCCAAAUUCUAAGAUGGGGAUGGUCAAUAUGGUUUAAGAACUGUAUACCUAAAUGUUAACGAAAUGCAGUUUUAAAGAACUGAGCUAAGAAGACUUUUGGCAUGCAGCACCCUGGCCUAAAACUAUGUCACUCUUCAGAAGUAACUGCCAAGGAACUGCUCUAUACUUAAUAACAAAGACAAAGUACUUUAAUCUUCCUGACUGCUUUGGUAGUUCGCUGCCCUGUUGACUUGCAGAAGUGAGUAGCAGUUUUAUUAAAAGGCAUAGCCCUGACUUUGUUGCCUGCUACUGCGCACACACACACACGCACACACACACACACACAUACACACACACAUGCAAUUUUAAGUUAAAAUCUUUUUUUUUUUUUUUGUGAUGUCGUACUGUCUGAUAAUGUGUAUAUGAGUCACUCAUUUGCCAGUAAGGCAAUCUGCUGGCAAGAAAUGUAAUGCUCUGUAUUUUGUAUCAUGUAUCUUAGUAACAUUAUGGUGUACAAACUGUAUUAUAUUUUUGUACUUAUGCAUAGUGUAAAUAAUUUGUUUCAUUAAAUUCUGUGUGGGCAUUGAAAAAUAAAGCUGCAACCUUUCAAACCA